AUGUACGGGGGUGCUGUAAUGAGUCAUGUGAUGAUGGCAGCGCGUCAGUUGUACGGUGGUGGGUCGGAUGUUAUAACUGAAGGCUCGGAAGGUUUUUACCCGAACUUCGGUUUGCAAAGCACGAUUCCUACUUGGCGUUUAGAAGGUAUGAAUGAUGUGUUGGUAAAGCUGGGUAGGAACAUGGAGAUGUUCCUAUGUUGUUGCGAAGGAAAGAUUCUUGAUCUCACGAGGUGCUUAUUUAUUGUGAGAUCCGUUGAUGAGUUAAAUGGUAUAGCAACAGUAAUUAAUUCCUACAUCACAUGGGUCCUAGAUACUCAGACUCAUGCAGGUGCGGACCAGUAUCAAGAAUUUCGAUUGGCGAAUGAUUCCAUCCAAUAUGAACUCUAUUGCAACGCGGCACUCUGGUCUACCGCAAGCGCCAGCGUGCGCCUUGAUGACCUACUCAUCCUCGACGACGAAAUAGGGCCCAGCAGUCUGGUCACCGCCGUGGGGAACAAUUGGGGGGUCGGAACAACCAUAUCUGCUAGAAGAACUGACAACAGAUUCGACGAGGAUGGCAACAACACUCAUGCACACUCAAGAGACUACUUGUUGUCUAUUAAGUACCUGAUGUCCUUUGCUAGACCACACAGUGAUUUGGAGUCGGCUUCUUCCUUGACUAUUUUUGUUAAGUGA